GCUCUUCUCACGAGAGAGAAGAAAGAGAGAAAAAAAUAGAGAGAGAGAAAACCCCAAUCAAGCGAAAAGCUCCAUCCAAUCUCUUCCAGUUGGCUGUCGCAAAUACGAAAGACCCUCAUCCCGACUCAAAGACCCCCGGACGCCCCUGAUGCAAUGUAAUGCUAACUGGACGGCAGAACGGCAAGAUUGGUCGGAGCUUGGGGGUCAAAAUCCGACCAUCGCCGACCGUCCGUGUGGAGCGGAUCCUUGAAUACCCGCCUGAAUCGCCCGUGCUUUGUCGGCACCAGAUUCUUUGCCAGGAGAAACUGACUACGGUACUUCAAGAAUAAGCUACGAAGGAGCUUUAUCUAUUCGCUUGGCCUCCACGUCAAGGUAAUAUCCAACUCACCCAAUAAGCCAUGUACGCAGGUAAGUACCUGGGUAGCUUUAGGCUCCUACCGGCGCUAGCCACUUGGCAACCACUUUAAGCUUGUCGGCUUCUGGGAUUUUAUACCCUGAUAAAAGCUUUGUUUCCAAGCGGCACAGCACCGAUGCCUUUUUGUCCUUUUGGCACGCUGUUGCCUGGGGCCUUCCAGUGGUUGAAUUACGCAAGCUUUUCUCCUCAAUCUCAACAUCAAUGCGACAACUCGCCCAUUAAUGAAAGAACUGCUGUAGACUUUUCUGUUCUGCCGUCUUCGCGAAGUCGGCUCGGCGACUCGGAUUUUACUACUCGUACUCGACUCACAUAUCCACCAGUGAAGUCGUCAGGGGUUCCACCGCAACGUUUGAAUGCCGCGAUCCAUCAUUACUUCAAGCCGGACAUUUGCCCUUUUGCUAUUUCUCUUCUUGUUCUUGUUUGUUUAUGUUGCAUACUUUAAUCCAUCUUCGUGCCAGUUUUCCUUGCCCUGCCCUCAUUUGUUGGCAUCACCAUCAUUUUCACGCCUCAAUAGAACUAGACUAGAAACGACGGCAUCAGGAGCAAUUUUACCCCAUUCCCACCACACAUACCAACAGAGCAAAACAACUUUGAACAAUGCCAAGCGAAACAGGGAGAGAGUCCCGCCGGGGCUGCUUGGGUGCAGUGGUUGAUGAGCUGGGAGUGGCAACAAUUUACCGCUCACCCGCCAAUGUAAAACUGCUCAUCAUCCAGCGAGCCGUCCGCCUCAUGGCAUAUGGCGCAUCGACGCUGCCGCUGAUCCCACACCUGCGCGCGCUGGGCCACUCGGAAAGCUUAAUCGGUCUGUUCCUCAGCCUGACGCUUGUUGGCGAUGUAUUGCUCAGCCUGCUCCUGACCGCGGUGGCCGACAGGCUGGGCCGCCGCGCCAUCUUGGGCAUCGGGUCGAUCAUGAUGACUGCUUCCGGCAUCGUGUUUGCGAUUUCCAGCAACUACUGGAUUCUCCUUGUUGCGGCUGUCUUUGGCGUCAUCUCGCCCAGCGGCAACGAGAUCGGACCGUUUCGUGCGAUCGAGGAGAGCAUCGUCGCGCAGCUCACCCCCGCCGCACACCGGUCCGAUGUCUACGCCUGGUACUCUCUCAUGGGAACCGCGGGUGCUGCUACGGGCAUCAUCUCGUGCGGCUGGACGGUGCAGUCGCUGCAGCGGAACAAGGGCUGGAGUGAAACCAAGGCGUUCCAGGCCAUCUUCUUGGCGUACGCUGCCUUUGGGGUCAUCAAACUGGCCUUGACGCUUUGCUUGAAUUCCGACGUCGAAGCCGAGGUGGUCAAGAUCUUACCCCAAGCUGCGGCUGCUUCUGAGGGUGAGCGCCGGCCUUUGCUUGCAGGUAACGAGGCCGGCGCAAACGGCCAAUCCCAGGACGCUUCGGCUGCAGAGGCGAAGGCAGAGAGCCGGUGGAGUCUGCUUCCCCAGAUCAGAAAGGAGGGUCGCCUGAUCAUCGUCAACCUGUGUCUGCUCUUCAUGCUGGACUCCUUCGCGUCGGGCCUGGUGUCUCUCAGCUGGAUUAGCUACUACUUCAAGUCCACCUACAACAUGGAGCUUGGCACACUCGGGUCGGUCUUUUUUACCACCAACGUCAUUGCCGCAAUCUCAAUGCUCGGUGCCUCUUCAUUGGCGAAACGGUUUGGUAAUGUUAAUACAAUGGUGUUUACACACCUGCCGUCGUCCAUCUUCCUUGCCCUCAUCCCGGUCCCCUCGCUGCAGCUGUCUCUUGCCGCCUUGUUUCUCAGACACUGCACGGCCUCGAUGGACGCAGGGCCCCGCUCCGCGUUUCUCGCCGCCGUGAUACGUCCCUCGGAGCGCACCGCCGUCAUGGGCCUCAUCAACACCCUCAAGACGAUCGCGCAGAGCGUGGGACCCUCGGCCACGGGCUUUCUGGCGGGCAGCGGGCACUUUUGGGUGGCGUUUGUGGUUGCCGGGUCGCUCAAGGCGACGUACGACCUGGGGCUGUUGGCUGUAUUCAAGAACCAUGAGAAGGAAGAGCUGGGCAGGAUGGAUAGGGAGGCUGUAGCUGGACAAAACCCUUAAGCCUAGGUGAAAGGACAGGACAAAAAACAUGUGCAUGUGUGAGAGGGGAAAACAAAAACAAAAUACCGGCACGGACAAGUAAUUCUCAACAAGAUUUUGGCAAAUCAAUAUGUGACGAUUUGCUUGACGCCAAAGUAGUAGCAAAGGCGCCGUCAAAAGUAAUAUUACAAUUAAAGAAUAAACACGCUCGACCCUCGUAAAC